AUGCCUUCCAUGUUGCGACUCCUGCGAUUACGACCGAAUAUCAUUUCCCUUGCUUCGAGAGCUAAUCGGUCAAAUCAGCCCAGUUCUCAAAUUGUCCAUGUGCAUAGAGUCAAUAUCCGGCGAAAAUGGUUCAAGCCAAUGAAUUUUAUAGUCGCUGGGUGCAUUUAUUAUAUGUGCUACCAAGUAUAUACGUCGUCUGUUCUUGGUACCCUUGGUAGGUGGCUCGACGAUCAAGAAAAGCACCUAACCGAGGCGGAACGGCAAGAGAUAGAAGAAGCAGAAGAUAUAUUUAUUCCGCUCCCCUUCACCAUGAGGAUGGUCGCGUCCGAACCCUACAAGAGCACCGACCCGGAGUGGCAAGCCUUUGUCAGAGUUAGUAAAGAUAGAGAAAAAGUGAGGGGCAUUCAGAGCGGACUCGCCGAUCUUGUUCGCAAAACCGCAUCAACACAUCCCAUGCUUCUCCGGAGGUGCGGUGGGAACAUGAAACUAGGACGGUAUUGGCUCGACAUACAGUACCCAUCUCGACCACCGCCGACGUUCGUUCGGAAAGGAAUAUCAAUAGGUGACGACGGUACUUAUAUCGCAGAGGAAACUGUCGAUACCGUGACUGCUAUCCAAGUGCGACGUGCACUUUGGCCAAGUCCACUCACUAUGUCAUUAUGGAGCUUCUCGGGAGCGUUAUUAAAGCAGAAUGUUUUGAAUUUUGCUAAGCUAUUUGGAUACGCGCCCACUCAUCCGGAUACCUCAUUUCAACAGGCCGUCGAAAAGCUGAAGAAGUCUACCGAAGAGCCCAACUCUAAAACCCCAAAAACUCUUUCAUCUGCAAAUACACAGGCAGCUGGUAGUUCGUCAACGGACCCGACCUCUCCUAUCGAGAAAAGAUCUGCUGAAACAACACCAGAUCCCAGGCCCUCGACAACCUCUUCCAGUUCAGGGGUGAGCAGUCCGGUCCCAAUCAUCCCCGACGCCGAGCCAGGCAAACCCAAGAGCGCCAAAGAUAUGUAUGGUAUCAAAACUACGCAAGAACAUACCAGUGGACCAUGGCUCGCAUUUAAGCGAACCUUUAUGCAGACAUGGCGACCCAUCGGCGGGUUACCUCCGCGGGGAGCGAUAUACGUAGCCGGACUUGUAGAAGUUACAACCCCGCGUGCUUUUAUCACAAUCGACGUUGCCGCGUGGUGGGACCCGAAGACGGAGACGUUCGACAUGAAGAGUACUAAUUUUCAUCUCAAAAUGAUACGUGACAGGACGCAAAGCCCCCUAAGGUGA